UCCUGUGUCGCUUCCUUCACGUCCUUUCCUUCCCGAACAAAAAGCUCAAGUUUAUAAUGCGUUGAAUUUGGUGCGUUUCCCUGUUAACAAAAUCCCAGUUUAAAAGUGAUUAUAGAUAAACGUUAAAUAGUGGAUCCGGACCGUCAGCGACGCACAUUUCCGACGCAGGACAUAUUAACGAACCCAAACAUGGUGGACUCCGUGUAUAUAACGGAGUCGACGUCGUCGUUGUUCUCCACCACGUAAACACGUCGAAUUCGCUCCAAACCGUCGUCGAUUUUUUAGCGAAUUUUCCGUCGUUGAUUUCCCGGUUGAUUUUCGGGCUUCUCGUUUUACCGUAUGGGAAGGAACGGCGACCUUGCCGUCCGUGCCCAUUUUCGGAUCGUCGGAUCAACUUUCUCUUUUGCCCGUAUGUAUCGAUAUCGCGGCUAUAUCGAUCGCGAUGAUGAUGAUGCGCGUGUACAGGCCCCAAAUCAGGCUUCCGCUACAGCCCCAUUUUAUGCCCCCCUAACCAUAUUGCCGCGGGUUAACUGGCACCGUCGUCGGAACAGCCUUUGUUAUCCGGUUUGAUUUGAGAUUUAUGGGUUCAUUUUUCGAUAUUACAAAAUUUAAGAUUUUAUGCUUUGGUUUCGGUAAGCCAGAAAAAAUCGAUAUUUUGGAUAUUGGGAGCACUUGGAAGCGCUUUUAACUACUACUACUACUUAUAUGAUAAGAUGGAUAGAGCAUUAAAAUGUCAUCCCGUAGAAGGAGCCGGAGCAGGGAGAGAAAAGCCAUCGCAACCAAGUUGCGGAUGGAUGCUAAUGCUCCACCGACUAGGAUUACAGACCCGAGCCUACCAGCAGGAAGGAGACGAGAGAUUGACAACAUAAUGAAAAAGGCACGAGCACAAAACUCCCCCACUUCAAGCGCCAUUUGGGAAAAGAAGUUAUUAGAAGUAGAAGCGAAGGAUUCCAACAGAUGGCGCCAUUCCGGCUACAAAUCGAUGUACCUAGACGGGGGCUCGACCUCUCGUUCGCGGUCCCGGUCGCGCUCCUUCUCGUCGACGCGUCGGGGCGGCGGAGGCGGGGGAGGAUCGCCCUCGCCGCCGCCCCCUCAUCGGAGGGGCGCGGGCCGCUCGCCUCGCGGUCGUUCUCCCCGCUCGCCGCCCCCGAGGGCGGCGCGUUCGCCGCGCAGCCCUCCGCCCAGAGGUCGGAGCCCCAGGUCGCCGCCCCCUGCCAGAAGGGCGGCCCUAUCGCCGCCUAGUGGGUACCGGGGACGUCCUCGAACGCCGCCCUCGCCUAGAAGUAAACGAUGUGGGAGACGUUCGGCCUCGGCGAGCAGCAUGAGCAGCUGCUCGGACGAUUCUUGCAGCGUAUGCUCCCCAAAACACCGACCGGGCGGUCGCUCCAGGUCUCGCAGUUACUCACCACCGCCGCGCCCGUCCGGUUCGAAUAGCGGAGGACGUGGCAAACAGGGCGGUGCGCCCCCGAAACCGUCGUCGUCCAGGCCACGCCCGCCCAGUCCAGCGUCGCCGCCGCCGCCUCGACGCAUGCCCCGUCCCAUGACGCCGCCGGUGGCCAAGAGGAUGCCGAUGCCGCGCCCGGGGGGCGGUGGGGCGUCCGACGACCGCCCGACCGAUCCGAGGACGAGGCCGCCGCCCCCGAGGCCCCAGGUGCCGGUCAAGAAGCAGACGGAGAAGGGCGGACAAGCGACGAAACCGCCGAUGUUAGCGAGGAUUAAAAAAGAGGGCGCGCCCCGGAAAAAGACGCGCCCCGGCUCACCCGGAAACGAGUCCUCCGGAUCGGAGGACAGCGGAGUCUCGUCCGCCGUUCCCAUAGUAGCCACCACCGCCAUGACCUUAUCCGAAAGGUUUGGGAAAAUCGCUCAAUGGUCGGCCGAUAGGGAGCGCAGGGACAUCGAGAACAUGCGCAUCACGAAAACCGGUAGCAACAUGAAAGUGAUGGUGGAGGAGGACGAGUUUCUUUAUGGCACCCCGCCCAGAAGAUACAGCAUUUCGCCGGUACCGCAAGGUCACUAUCCGGACGAACUGUUAUCAGCGGGACAAUCGCGACUCGCCGCCUGGGACGACGUCAGAGUGCGCUACCAGUACUAUAAAGAUCUCGGUUAUCUACGUGACCUGUCAUUGGACGAUUACGUGAAAUGGGAGGAGUGGUGGUACAAGUAUCAGGAUUGGUUGGCGAACGAGAGACAUUACGAGCAUUGGCUGGCGACCCAUAGUGGUGGGGGCGGAGGCGGCGGCGGGGGCGGCAGAAGAAGAAAAAAGAGAAUCCCCGCCAGUCAGAGAUUGGGCAACUGAACGCCGUUGCCAAGUUUCGUUUGGCAUCGGUGCAAUGUUUCUUUUAUUUUUAUGAUGAUGCAUGCAUGCAGCUAUGACUCGGUUAUAAAACAAAACGGAACAAGAGAGAGGAGUCUCGUAAUGUUGUAUAUGAUUAAUUAAUUAAUAUUAUUAUGGUAGGAUUUAUAUAUAGUGAGGUUUUAAAUUUUCUGACGAUUAUUAUUUAUUAUUUAUACACUAUAGUGUAACGGUUAUUUUAUUUUGUGUUCGGGCUCGCGGCCAAUAGGAACUUAGGACGUUGAUAUACAAUUUACUUAUAUAUACUUUAUUUGUAUAAUUGAUAUUAAGUGUAAGGAUCGUUUGCAAAUAUUAUUUGAAUAAAAUGUUUCUUUAUUCAUUUA